GCCUGCCACGUUGUCGUAGACACCGGUCCGCACCGCUAGGGACUAAAAUCGCCAAACGUCCGGCCAGGUUAUUAAUCGGUGUUUAUUCACCAGAGAAAGGCAUGUCUUAAAAUAAACGGGAAAAGGAAACAAACGUGCGAUUUCUGUUGGUCUGAAGCUUUAACCGGAGUAAAGAUGCUGACGGACGUGAUAGUAGAAGAGGGAUUUGCUCACAAUGAAGAGGAGCUGUGGUAUAGCAGGAAGGAUUUGGAGCACGAUCUCCAUUUGGCCGCUGAGCUGGGUAAGACACUGUUGGAUAGGAACCAUGAACUGGAGCAAGGCCUUCAGCAGAUGUACUCUACCAAUCAGGAACAGCUGCAGGAAAUUGAGUACCUGACCAAGCAGGUGGACCUCCUUCGGCAGAUGAAUGACCAACAUGUUAAGGUUUAUGAGCAGCUGGAUCUUGCAGCACGAGACCUAGAGAAAAGCAACCAAAGGCUGGUGCAGGAGAACCGCACAGCCCAGCGCAGAAUCCAGAGUCUCACUGAGACAAUAGAUGGGUUGCAGACUCAAAUGGAGAACCUACAGAAGCAGGUGGGUGAGCUAAAGACGUCCCAAUCCAGGAGAGAUUUUGCAAACGCUCGCCGCAGCCUUGUUGCCCAGAGCAUGUCCUGCCUAAAGGAAAUAUAUGAUCUCCAACAAGAUAGCUCUGAGAGUCUUCGUGAGGAAAGGUCCUGGCCCACACUGGUUGACAGAGGAUUAGAAGAGGACACCUCCACCCUGCAACACACCCUUAAAACAUUGAAGGCACAGCUGGCAGCGGAGCGUGCCCGGCGCGUUGAGGCUGAGCAGGAGAUGGAGCUGACGGUGCAAGAGAAUAGCGUUCUGGAGAAGCGCUUGAACCUUCAAGAAGCCGCACGCUGUCGACAGGCAGAGCUAGAGGCCGAGGUGGAGGAGCUACGCCAGCUGUGGCGCUCUGAGUCAUCAAGACCAACAGACACUCUGCUACCCGAUACCGUUUUCUUUGCCCUAGAGGAAAGGGUGGGGGCGGGGCAAGAGGAAGAGGAGGAGUCCUCAGAGUUUUCUCAGGGCAGACGACGCUGCAGCAGCGAGAGCUACGUCCGAGGAGCGCGAGCUGACGAUAUCCGCCGCGGACACGAGCGCACGUGUAUACGCCGAGCCCAAGCAGUGAAGCAGCGUGGGAUCUCGUUGCUAAAUGAAGUGGAUGCCCAGUACAGUGCACUGCAGGUGAAAUAUGACGAACUGCUACGUCGCUGCCAGCAAGGGGCAGAAAGCCUCAGCCACAAAGCCGUACAAACGCCCACCGUUGACACGCCACGUCGCAGGAGUCUCUUAACAGUCGCAACGACCACAACAGAGACCAUCUGCCCUGCAGAUGAGCUUCAUCAGCCAGAAUACAAAGCCCUGUUUAAAGAGAUCUUCACCUGCAUUCAGAAAACCAAAGAGGACCUUAGUGAGAACAGAGCUUUGAAUCUAGCACAAUUAGUUUAAAGCUCUGCUGAAUUGGAGAUGGAAGUAUUAAAGGUUCAAAUCUAGGUCUCUAAACUACCAGAUGUAGUUGGAGAAAGGACAUGUUGAAAAACUAGACUAAGGUCUUACAUAUUUAAAGUUUGUUAAUGUGUUGAUUGCACUAUAUCACCUGUGCCUAUACACAACAUACAAACAUUUAAAACCCAAUGCAAGUGUAGUUCAACUAUAGUUUUAAAAUGUGCUGUUAUUUCCUGUGUAGGUUACAUCCAAAUGAUUGGUUAAUAUGAAAUAUGUGGACCUCUGAAAAAUAGCCAUACCAGCCACCUGAUUACAUCUGCGCUGUUGGUUUACAAUCACCUUAUUAUUUUUGGUAGGACUAGCUCUCUGUAGAAGGACAGGACGUAAACGUAUAACACAAGAGAAUAAUUUUUACUAACACAGUUUAGGAACUAACUUGAUGUCGUAAAGUAUGUUGAAAUGCAAAAAAAUGGUUUUGGGAUGAUAUGUGACCCCAUAAAAAAACAAAAAUAAAUAGUUAUACAGAUGGACUGUAUUUACUUUGGAUCCAGUAGUGUAGUCAUUUAUUCAGAGGAUCUAGAAAUCACACAAGAAAGGUUAAAGUUUUCAUCGUAUCAUAAAGAAAAUACUGCAUGUGAUUUCAGUGGUUUUUGUAUCCGAGCAAUACUAGUUCAUUAGUUAUACAAAUUGUCUGAAUAAGAUCUUUACUUCAAUAAUCUGAUAUUCUAAAGAUAUAGUAAGAAAGCUUGACUUCCUCAUGUGGUUUUUGUAUGUAUAGUUUGUUUGUUUGAGAAGUAAGGCAGAAGUUUGCUUGCACAAGUUCUCGCACUUUAAGUUGUUGCUUAUGUAUUACACGGCUGUGAAACUAUGCACUUUAGGUCAGUAUUUUUUGUUUUGUUUUUAUUUAUUUUGAUUUUUCAUUUCAGGAUGGAGAUUUUAUUUAUUUUAUCAUUUAUUUUCAAUCACUGUAUUCAAAUUUUGUUUCUCAAGCUAAUGUUUUUAGGUCACCACUAGAAUGUUUUGAUAUAGAUAUAAGGUGAAUUUGAUUAGAAAUUGUGGAUUAGUUAAAUAGACUUAAGUGGUUCAUAGGAUUUCAAGUUUUAAGGAUAGUAGGCUGUUAAACAGAUGCCUAGAUGGUGCUACCUAAAUGUUACGCCAGCAUUUUCACAGUGUUUUAUGGAACUAGUAUGUAACUACUUUAUGUAACUAUUAACGUAGUUUAACAGCCAGUCUAACAAUAACUAACCUAAUAACUAUUUGAUGUAUGUGUUUGAUUAUUGUAUUAUCCUAACCAUGUGCUACUUAACCAGGAUCAGUACCAGGAACAAUGUAAUUCAGGGCCAUUUUGCAAUGUUUUUGAGUUAAAUGUUAUUGCCCUUAUAAGCGUAUAAGCGGAUGUUGUCUUUCUGAAUCAGUGUAUUGUGUAGGUUACUAGGAAAGUGAUGGAUUAUUCAAGAAAAACUGUUGUUAUGAACAGGACAGAAAACAAAAGAUUUGUCUUUGGAAAAUAAUUCAAAUGAAACAGGCAAAAAACAAACAGACAACAAGAUCAUAGCAUGAACAUUUGUUCAUGGAGAAGUCUGUCCUGAAAAAAAGGAUUUUUGUGUAUAAUAAAAACUGUAGUGUUGCAUUUUUUAACAAAUUGCAUCAUUUCAGUAUUUCAGAAUGAAGUUUAGUUUUGCCUGCUACAUUGAGUGCCACUAGCACCGCAAGUUUCCAAAACCUGUUAAGACUUGCAGAGUGAUAUGAAUGCUAUGCUUCUUGGUCAGCAUUGUGUUUUGGGGCUCCAGCGCGCACAAUCAGAUGUUAGAUAAAUGUGCGGCAAAAAUAUAAUGGUGUAGCUCUUGUGCUUUCCACAAAAUAUAAUUUAAAGAAUUUCAGUUUUACUUAACCUCUAUCCAUUUUAAAUGUGUUAUACAUUUCUCUCAGUAAACAACUUUCAUUAUCAUAUUUUCCAAUUUGAGACAAUUACAUGUUUGUUAAUGAUCACAAAAAUAUAUUUUUAUAUUUAUUUGAGAAUGUAAACAAUGGACUCUUAAUUUAUCCAUCCAGGUUUGUUUCAGUGACGUUAAAGUCAGUUCAUUGUUUUAAAGACUUUGAGAAAUGUUCUACAUUAUUUAUUAUUGUUGUCGGCUGCAUAUUACUAUAACUGAAUGCUUAGCAAAUGAAUGCCAAAUCUGAUUAUCAUUGGUGCUGAAUUUGUAAGGUUCUUCCUCAGUGUAGACCACUGACUUUAUGUAUGUUAUAGCAUGACUAACAUUUUACCUGACUUAAGACAUAACCAGUAA